AACAAAAUAUUGUCCUCUUUAUUUCAGGUGACUCCUUACAAUGUACACCUCUGGACCGAGCGUAUAAAAGCAAAGUUUUGGGACAUUAUCCUGAUUCUGUACCAUGGAACCCCUUCGACGAACACGCUGUAUGCAUGCUCUGCCUGCCAAGCGGCCUGAGAUUCCGAACCCAGAAACACUCGGUGGAACCAACGUUUCACUCGUUCGUGCUCACCAAGGAGGACGGGCACAGAACCUACGGGUUCAGUCUUGUUUUCUACGAGGAGUGCCGGAAUCGCAAGAUAUGCGCGGCUAUGCAAACUCUGCAGGCGAUGCACAUCACGGAACUGAGCAGCGGGCAAAACGGUACACCACCAACGGCAAGAAAAGGCCAGGAUGGACAUAACACGCGAUCGUUGCCACGGCAUUUCAAGCUAUCAGCACAUUCACCAGGUGCUGCGUUAGGCUACUACGACUCUACCAAAGACAAGUUGCUAGUGACUAAAUCGAUAUCCUUGCUAUGUCAGCAGCCUUACCUUCAUGCCGCGAAAACGUUCCUGACUAAUCUCUACAAAUGUGUUCCUAGACAUCCAGGACCUGGUCUUAGUUUAGAGUCAUACGUAUACAAUUUGUUGUACAAUGUGCCGGUACCAUUACCUGGAAAGUCGUUAAAGUUCUUCAUUCCCAAUGACGAGCCAGCGAAAUCGCCAUUAGAGCUGGUUAUCCAUCAGCCAACGCCAUCGCAGGAGUUACAAAUGCUAGAUUACCCUCUGAAGGAUAUAUUCACAUGGCUUGGAGCGGAUUGUGUGAUUCAAUUGUUUACAUGUGUCCUAUUGGAGAAUCAAGUAUUACUCAGAAGUUCAGAUUUCCACAAGUUGAUGGUGGUAUCCGAAUGCAUAACGGCGCUUCUCUUUCCGUUUUCUUGGCAACAUGUGUACGUGCCGAUAUUGCCCGCCAGUCUACAUCACUUCUUGGACGCGCCGGUACCAUUUAUAAUGGGUUUGCACGCGCAAAGUGAGGGCGGUGUAUUGAAAAUUGCCAGCGAAGCAAAUCUUUGUUAUGUAGAUAUAGAUAAGCAAAGUAGCCAAUUUCCAGAAGAGUUACCUGUAUUUCCACAUAAAAUGCAAUUUAUUGCCGAGAUUAGAGCUCUCUUAAACAAGUACAAAGUACCACACGCGGGAAAGACUGAUAACACGGUCAUAAAUCAUUAUAACGGUGACAUCAUGACUAGUAGUUUGACGCUUCCUGGUUCUGGAUGUCAUCUUCCUCGCAGAAAACAUUCGUUACACGAUGUCUUGGAUUGGAAUCGACCGGAACCGACGUCACAAUCAGACACGUUACAAAGGAUAGUAGAUAUCGCUAAAAGAACUGGAGUGAACGUGGAAGAUAUUGAUUCAGUGGAAGAUAACGUGAAAGAGCAGAUACUCUCACCUCAAGAAGAAUAUCAAGAGAUGCUUAUGUUUAACAAUGCCAUUAGAGAGAUUUUUUUGAACCGUUUUGUACAGAUUUUUUCUAAUUACGAACACUUCGUUAUUCAACCAAGUCAGGACAAAGAUGAAUGGUUGAAUAAUAGGGAUAGCAUGCAUGUUUUUGAUAAGGCUACAUUUUUAUCUGACCAACCCACACAGCAUUUGCCAUUUUUAUCAAGGUUUCUAGAAACACAAAUGUUUGCAUCUCUUGUCGACAGCAAAGUUAUGUCAACGUGGAGUGAGCUUGAUUUUAACACACGAGUUUUUGAUCAAAGAAUUUCUCUCUUAAGGAAAAAAGUUGGAGAAGGUAUUGUAAGAUCGACACGUUAUGAACCUUGUACAAGUAUUGAAGAAUCGCAAAAGGUAUUGGAACAAAGGUUGACAAACGUAGAUUUUGAAACGAAUCCACCUACAGAGAUCGUUCCUCAUAGAGCAGCAUAUUUUCGAAGUUUUCCCUUGUUAGACAGUGUAGCAUUAAAUAAGGAGCCAACUCAAAGUAUACUUCGUAGUCGGAGAGGUCAGACUCAGUGGAAGUAUAAAAUGAAAUCUAUGGAGUCAAAUGGGAAAAGUCCAGUACCUCAAGAAACACAAUCACCUCGACCUCAAACUAAGCUCUCUGCAGAUAUGAGUCCAGCAUUAAUAGCACAAGCAAAUUGGACAUUUGUUGAAAAAUUGCUCAAAGAUUGUAAAUCAAAAACAAAAAGAAUGUUGGUUGAAAAAAUGGGUUCUGAAGCAGUUGCAUUAGGUCAUGGCGGUGAAUCGUUAUCCGAUGUCGAAGAAAAUACGCUAGUUGCCAGUCUCUGUGAUCUCCUAGAACGAGUUUGGAGUCAUGGAUUGCAAAAUAAACAAGGGAAAAGCGCUCUUUGGUCGCAUCUUGCCAUGUAUCAAGAAGAAGAGUGCAACGACCCGAGUAAACCAAUAGAUCCUAAUUUUCUUUCUCCUGCCAAGAAAUCACCAAGUAGCUUUUUUGGAUUACCAGAGCGUUUAAUUUCAUCUUUAAAGGGCAAAAAUAUUUUUGAAAUUGCUUCUUAUAUCAAGGAGAAUUUUAAUGAUCUACCAAACCUGGCAUUGGAGAUCGACUCGCCUACACGAGGCACGGAUAAGCACAAGUCUCCUGGCGACAGAAAAAUUGGCCCUGAACAUUUGAGGCCUUUGCCUAAUUCUUUGCUUUUUGAUAUUCGGAAUGUACAGGCAAUGACUGAUAUUAAAACGCAUAUUGGAUAUGCUAGAGCCUGGGUUCGAUUAGCACUUGAAAAGAAACUUCUUUCUCGUCAUUUGAAAACUUUAUUAUCAGAUACCAGAUUGUUAAGAAGUCAGUAUAAGCGCUCGGCAUUUUUGCGUUGCGAAGAAGAAAAGGAACAAUUCUUAUACCAUCUUUUAACGUUGAAUGCCGUCGAUUACUUCUGCUUUACAAACAAUUAUCCAACUACGAAAUUGCCAUACAGGGUCGUUAUAUUUCCUAGUCGAAAAGCUAGCGCAGCUACUACUUCGGCAAACAGUUGGAUCGCUAUUUCUGGUACAUUGUGUGAAACAAAUCCAGUGCCAAUUCCCAAGGGAGCGUUGGAAUUUGUGUUUCAUCAUAAGAAUUUGGGCGUGCUCUCUACAUUACGUAUAGGACAUGACAAUACAGGUCUUUCGCCAAAAUGGAUGGUAGAACAUGUUGUGGUGAGAAAUGAAGUUACAGGGCACACAUUUAAAUUCCCUUGUGGUAGAUGGCUUGGCAGAGGUAUCGAUGAUGGAUCUACUGAAAGAUUAUUAGUAGGUGCCUUGGUACCACGUAAUAUCGAUAGUGAAGAAUUGGUUGAAUCAUGUUCAACACCACCAAGAUGUAGGUCUCCUAGUAUACCUAGACGUCCUAUAGUGUCUCAAGUCGAACUGCAACAUAUGUUAGGAGAGUCUGUAAACGCGAUUGUCAAAUUCCACUAUAGAAGAGAAUGUCAGGAUGGUUCUUUGACUGCUUUACUUUGUGGGGAAGGUGGUCUUGUGCCAUCUUUAGAGCAGAUAUUUUUAUUCGGUUUUAAGAACCAAAGAAUAUUUGGGAAAAAUUUUUACGUUUGGGAUUAUCUCUUACGUGUAAAAGAAAAUUUUGAAAUUUCUUUGCUGGAAGAAAUGGACGAAUAUUCACAGAGGCUGAAUAGAGAUAGACGAAUUCACGCAGAGAAUAAUCAAAGAUUUACGACUUUAAGAUGUUAUUGUCAUCUUAUUGAUCAAAUUAACUUAUUCAGUCAAACUCUUGGUAAAGAUGGAAAAUUUCAGUUAUUCAUUUGCUUAGCAGCAAGAGAACAGCUUCUUCAUUCAAUGCUUCGGCCAAUGAGUGAAGCGCGCUCUACUGCAGACAUGUAUGAAGAAACUUCUUUCUUAAGAAAUACUACAUUAUUAAAUUUCCUUAUUCACAUUCUUGAACCACUAAGCGAAUUUCACAUUGUCCUCGAAAAGAGCUUGACUCAUGGAAUUUCUAGUAUAUGUUAAUUUAUCAUAAACAUUCCAAUAAUUAGGUAAGAUAUGCUGGAUUUUUUGCUAUACGCUGUACUUUACAAAAUUUUUAUUUUUAAAUGAUUGCAGAAUAACUUAAAUUUGAUCAUAUACUUUCCUGUAGGAUACAUUUCUUUAAAACGGCACAAUUUAUAAAAUUCUAAAUAAUACGAGGCGAACAGAAUAAAUGUUAUAGUAUUGGAAAAAUGAUAAACUUUGUAAAACUCUACUAUUAAGGAUCUAAGAGAAAUUUAAUAAUGCAAAUGAAGACUGUUAUGCUGAUGUAAAAUAGUCGUUUUUAAAUGAUGAUUGUUUGACAGAAAGUUGAUAUAUGAGUGAUAACGAAAACAAAGAUCUUUCUCUGUUCCGGAAGUUGAUGAUAUUGAUAACAAUAAGAGUUCAGUGAAAUAUAGAUAAUCUAAUUUCGCCCAUCUUGCCGUAGAUAAUUGAUAGAGAAACUAAUUAAGAUUGUUGAAACUGACGUAUCGUGUACCAAAGAUGUGAUCCUAUUAGUUAUUACUAUUAGUAUUAUUGAUAUUAUUAUUACUAAGGAUUUAGUUUUUUUUACAAUUUUUGCCGUAAGCAGAAUAUCUAAAGAGCGUGCAAACAACGUAUAUUGCAAUAAUUAAUAAGUUAGACAAGAUAAAUAUCAAUUUUGUACGUUCCAUUAUUUAUUACAUUAAUCGAAAUCAUUAAUAAUAGGAAAUAUAACUUUGUCGAGAGAAAUAUUAGAAUAGGAAAAAAUUUACGACUUGUUAAUUUUAUCUUUCUCCACUCUCAUAAAUCACAUUAUGUUAAAUCAUGAAAAUGGUCGAUUAAUUUUUUAAUACGUUGUUUAUACAUACUUGUGAACAGAUACCUGCUUUAUUAGUUAAUACUAUUUCCUUUACCUUUUUUUAUCGAAUAUGAUCGAAGAUUUUUUUAUUUUUACUUAUACGAGUACUGAGCUGCAAGAAACAAUAACGUCAAAGUUUAAGACUUAAUAUUAGCAAUUUAUAUUUCUUCUCUUGUAAAAUUUGAAAUUCAAUUAGUGUAUUGUAGUUCGAUUCGAAAUCAGAAGCACGUAAUAUAUUAUGAAACAUUUAUGCGCAUAUUCAAGAAAAAAUGGACCAACCGAUUUAAUCAUUUAUUACAAGUUUCGAAGUGUGACAAUUGAUUUUUGACGUGCAAGCUGUUUCUUCGAAGUUUUAAUGUAAUUGAUGAUCAAGAUAAGUAGAAUACUCCACUAAUUUGAAGAAAUAGUUUUUAGAGUUCAAUUUUAUCGCUAGCAUUUCACUGACAUUCAAUACCACACCCAUUGCUAAAAAUUGUUCUUUCGUAUUAUUAACCAGUGUACUAUUGCUCAUUCUUCGUAAAGCACGCGUGAAUAAUAUUUUUUAUUAUAAGCUUUAAUGUUUAACGAGUUUACUUGGGUAUACUACAAUUUUUGAAAAAAUCUUAAUAAUUUCAAUGAUACUAAAUUUUUGGGGGUUUCGUUUUACUUUUUUGCUAUUUUAUUCUGAUAUUAAACACAGUUAAAAUUAAACAUUAAAUUUAAUUUUAAGAAUUACUAAUUCUAAAGAAUUUUAAGCAUUGAAAAAAUAUUUCGUUAAGUAAAAAAAUUUAAUACAACUAUUUCUCAUUUACAAUUCACCUUAAAUUUAAUUACUUUUGUAUCUAAUCUUUUAAAAAAUAUUAAUUUCAAGCAGAAAUAAUUUUAAAUAUCUUUUGUUGAUGUAACCAUAAAAUAUACAAGGU